AUGGGAAAACCGUGGAUAUGUGGAGUCUGUGGGAAAGGAUUCCCUUCCCCAUCGGCACUGGAAAACCACAGACGCAUUCACACUGGCGAGAGGCCGUUCACCUGCUCUCAGUGUGAACAGAGAUUCAUUGAAGCAUCCCACCUCGUGAGACACCAGCGUGUUCACACCGGAGAGAAGCCAUUCACCUGCUCCACGUGCGGGAAGGGAUUCAGUCGGAUGGGCAACCUGCAGACGCACCAGCGGGUCCACACGGGAGAGAAGCCAUUCGUGUGCCCUGUGUGCGGAAAGGGGUUUGUUCAGUCAUCUGGACUGUUGAUCCAUCAACGCGUACACACUGGAGAGGGGCUGUUCACCUGCCAUGUGUGCGGGAAGGGAUUCACUCAGUCAUCUACUCUCCUGAUCCACCAGCGGGUCCACACUGGGGAGAAGCCAUUCACCCUCUGUGUGUGGGCAGGGAUUCAGUACGCCUCCUCGUAUAAGCCAACAUCAUCAUUCUAG